AUUCGCAUAUUACUUCCUUGUGCAAAGGGCGUUUAUAAGGAAAAUGGCGACGUCUAUUGACAGUCAUGUCGUUGACAUAACUACGUGUGCAAUUUGUCUGGAGAAACUUAACACUCCAAAGUAUUUACCGUGCUUGCAUACAUUUUGUGAAAGUUGCCUACGGACAUACAUAACUGCUAUAUUUGAGAAAGAGCACAAACAAAGUAUUGAAUGUCCGGUUUGUAGGACUGAAGUAAUUGUACCGAAGGAAAUCAAUGCAUCUGAAGAAUGGGCCAAACUGCUACCAUUGAAUUUCCUUAUCGUUGGACUAUUGGAAAAAGAGAAAGUCGAGAAUCCACAAAAACAAUGUAUGGUAUGUGAACGAAUGGAAACAAAAUCGGAGGCAAGUUUUAUUUGUAUUGAUUGUUCUGAUUUAUUAUGUUCAAACUGUAAAAAACACCACAAAGCGAACAAAUUGACGUGUGACCACGAAAUGAGACAAAUUAAUGAACUGUCAUCGGUCUCUGAAUGCUUGAAAACUUUUAAAAACCUUUGUUCUGAACAUAAAGGAGAAGAGCUUAAAUUAUUUUGUGUCGACCAUCAGACUCCAUGCUGUUCAAUGUGUGUAUCAAUCAAUCAUCGCCGAUGUGAAAAAGUUCUUUCCAUAGAAGAUGCUGCGAAGGAAUACGCGACAACUGACAAAGUUACAGAUCUGAGAACCCAACUUAGCGAAGUUGAUGAUGAUAUAAAAGCAAUCAUAAAAGAUCGAGCAUCUGCAAAGCAAAACAUAGACAAGGAGCAUAAAGAAAAACAAAAUGACCUUGAGACUAUAUUCAGUGACCUUGUGGCUAAAAUAAAUCAUCUCAAAGUCAAACGAGAAGCAGAACUUUUGAAAAUAUACAACGAGGCAAAAGAAACGAUAGACACUUCUAUUAUAAUCUUUCAAAAUAAACAAAAAAAUAUAGAAAAUGAAAAACAGAUUCUAGAUGCAGCCGUAAACAUGGUAAACAUGGCAUCCAAUGUUCAAGUUAUGAUAGUAGUCGAAAAGCUGAAGAAACACUUGGAGGAACAUAAACAAUUGAUUCAAACCAAGGCUAAAGAAAAUGUUAAUUAUGAACUUUCACUGAAAAAUGUAGAAAAUAUUUCAAAAUUAGCUGAAAAAAUGGAGAAUGAGUGUCAGAUUGCAUGCAAAGAAACAAACGCAUGUAUUGAAUUGAGUAGCAUGACUGUAACGCCUUAUGUCUCUGAAAUAUUUAGCGUCUGUCGUUUACAAACAGAAAGUCGUUUUAGUUGGGGGUCGUGUAGUGGUAAAAAAGACGCUAUUUGUUUUUCGGUAUCAAAGGAAAUAGAACUAUGCGGAUUUCUAUCAUAUGUAUGUUGCGAUGGAUUAUCGUCAUGUGAUGUGACCGCUUCAGUUAGAGACGAUACAACUGAUCUUGUUAUAGUGUCAAACACUAUAGACAGUAAACUAGCUGAAAAUAAAAGGGUUAAAAUUGAAUUUACAAAACCAGUAAAACUAUUAGCUAAUAAUAAAUACCAUGUUGUUGUAGUGAUUAAAGGUCCAGAUUGCUAUUAUGGGAUCGGAGGGAAAUCUGUAGUAGACAGUAAUGAUGUAGUGUUUACUUUUAGUCAGUCUGAGUUUAGUGAUAAUGGAACAAGUACCAACUCAGGUCAAAUUCCUGGAUUUUUAUUCAAAAUUCCUAAGGAAUAA